AUGGCUCCGAACGAUCACAGCGAUCACGACAGCUACGUGAAGUCGGGCUUCGCUGGAAAAGUAGGCUGGGGAAACAAACCUGCGCUUUUACUCGUCGACGUCUGCAAUGCGUACUGGAGUAAGGAUAGCCCUCUAGACACCAGCGAAAACCCAGCUUCGGCGGCUGCACCUGCCUCGAUUGCGAAACUCGUUGCCGCCGCCCGCGAAGGGAAAGUGCCUUUGAUAUGGACACGGGUCGAAUACACCGAGCCAGACAUGUCGGACGCUGGCGUGUUUUACCGCAAAGCGCCGCUGCUGAAGAUGUUCUUGAGAGGAAACGAGACAGGCCUGGAGUGCUGGGUGCCAGGUUUAGAGCCACAGGAUGGUGAGCUCAUCGUUGCCAAACGAUACCCCAGCGCAUUCUUCGCCACAGACCUCAGCACGCGUCUUCAGCUGAAGGGCAUCGAUACGCUGGUCAUCUGCGGUGUCAGCACGAGUGGUUGUGUGCGAGCGAGCACUUUGGACGCAAUGUGUUUAGGUUAUCGUCCAAUCGUCGUCAGUGAGGCUUGCGGGGACCGUUCGAAAGCUGUGCAUGAUGCGAAUCUAUUCGAUAUCCAGGCGAAAAUGGCGGACGUGGUGUCUGAGAGCGAGGCCAUUGAAAAACUUAAGACUGGUUGGAUAUGA